AUGGUUACAAAUUAUAUACUACUUGCAGUAUGUCUGUUGUUUAUACAAAUACCCGGGUUCCUGACAAAACCUCACGGAUUUCAUGGUGACGAAGAACUCUGGACGAAACCAGUAUUGGACAAUGAUUACAAUUGGCCACAAAUGAGUACAGAUCCUACCCCCUACGAUGGAAACAUCCAGAUCCUUGGUAAACAGGUAUCGUCAAGUACACUACAUCAAAUUGUGAAUGACGUGUUGAAAUGGCUUGAAGACAACUAUUACAUCCGAGUAAAUAGCAACGCCAGUCGAAAAAAGUCUCCCUUAUUUGCAUACUCAUAUUACGACAUGAAUAAUUAA